AUGACAACUUUGAGUGAGCUCACCGACACUUUCAUUGAUGAAUUCAUUAACAAAUUCAGAGAAGAAAUUAAACUAAAACCAUCAUUGUCUCGUUCUCCGUCUGCGUCUCGUGAGAAGUCUGAAAAGUCAGAAGAGCCGUCCGUCAUUCCCGAGAAAAUCAGCAUUUCGAAGCUUCCAUGGACAAUUGAAACUGUGUUUUAUUGA